CUCAACUCUUUCCUACAUUCUGUUGAACUCACAUUUCCUUGUAGGGUUUGAUAAUUUGCUCUCAGCGUUUUCUCUGUAAAUUGACCAAAGUUUAGUAAGAACACUCCUUUUUAACGGAUUUUUUAUUUGACGAAACCCUAAACUUGGAGGUGUGGAAUUCGCGAGUGGAUAAUGAUUGAAUUGAGGAUUUGAGAGGACGUUUCGGCGACCUAUAUUCUCGGAUUUGUAGGCAAGGAUAUGGAUAGAUCAAGAUCGAAGAGGUCUUACUACGACCAAGACUAUGAUUCGGACAACCUACCCCGGACAAAACAGAGAUAUAAUCCACAUAACAACUACCAUCACGCGCCGCAGUCCAACCAUCACCGCCGGUUUGUCUCAAAUGGCGCCGGGAACAGCGGCGGAGGUCGGAAAGUGCAAGACCCUUCGUUCAUGGUGACUACGACUUAUAGGAUCUUGUGUCACGAUGUGAAGGUGGGGGGCGUAAUUGGAAAGUCCGGCAGCAUUAUUAAGUCCAUUAGGCAGCACACGGGGGCUUGGAUUAACGUGCAUGAGUUGGUGCAAGGGGAUGAAGAGCGAAUCAUCGAGAUUUCUGACACUCGGAGGCGGGACCCAGAUGGCAGAAUGCCCGCAUUCUCGCCGGCCCAGGAGGCCUUGUUACUAGUGCAUCAGCGGAUAUUGGAGAGUGAUGCGGAGUUUGGUGGUGAGGAUAGGGAUGAGUAUGGAGGGAGAGCUGGGGGCGGAGGGGGAGCUAACCGAGUGGUGACUAGGCUGGUGGUUUCAAGAGUACAUGUGGGAAGCUUACUUGGGAAAGGAGGGAAAAUUAUUGAGCAAAUGAGGAAUGAGACUAAGACCCAUAUUAGGGUGUUACCCAGAGACAACAAUUUACCUCGCUGUGUAGCAAUGUCUGAAGAGAUUGUUCAGGUCACUGGAGAAAUGAAUAAUGUAAAAAAUGCCUUAGGAAUAAUUUCGUCACGCUUGAGGGAGAGCCAACACCGUGAUCGCAAUAAUUUCCAUGGAAGGUUGCAUUCGCCUGAACAUGUUUUUCCUCCAAGUGACGAUUUUAUUCCACCCGUGCAUGAUUUGGGACGCCGAGCAUCUGUUGAUGGUUCUAGAUUAUCUAGGAGUCUCAACACUUCCCGGGGUUAUUCUAGUAAUUCCUCUCGCCCUUCUGGGUAUGCCAUCGAAUCAGGUGGCCCCCCUUUCACAGACAACAAUGAACAGUUGAUUACCAGUGAAAUUCUUGUGUUUAGAAUUAUUUGUCCCGUUUAUAAGGUUGAUGCCAUUAUUGGGGAGUCAGAUGGCAUUAUAGACUUGCUUCAGAAUGAUAUUGGUGUGCAUGUUGAGAUCACUGAGCCUGUUGCUGGGUUCAAUGAGCAGAUUAUUAUCAUAUCAUCUGAUGAGGGACCUGAUGAUGAGCUCUUCCCUGCUCAAGAAGCUUUGUUGCAUAUACAAACAGCCAUCGUUGAUCUUGUUUCAGAAAAGGAAAACAUAGUCACAACUCGGUUAGUUGUGCAAUCAGAUGAGGUCGGAUGCUUACGAGGGGUUUCUGAGAUGGAGAAAAUAAAUGGAGCAGUGGUCCAGAUUCUUCCAAAGGAAUCCGGUCUAUCAGAAACCGAUGUGAUUGUACAGAUUGUUGGCGAGAUAAGAGCGGCUAGGGAAGCACUUAUUGAGGUUACCACAAGGCUAAGGAGUUACAUUUAUCGAGCGCUGUUCGUGAAAGAAACAUCUCCUAUAUCUCCCCCCAGCCCUGUAGGGAGUGUUAGUGGGACAGAGACUGCUUCUGCCAACAACUAUUCCUCCUUGUCUCAGGAAACUCGUGUUUUAACUGAUCCUGCUGCUUCAGCCCUUCAAAAUGGAUUGAGUAUACAAACUCCCCAUCCAUUGAAGGAAGGUGGAGUCCCUGUGGGUGAGACAUCAAAUCAGAAUUUCGGUGAACGCCUUAAAGAUAUGCCAAGUGCAUUGAAUAGAAUACAUGUGCCAUUAGUCACUAGAAGUACAUUGGAAGUAGUCAUUCCACCACACGCAGCUCCAAAACUAAUAACCAAAUCUAGAAACAAGCUUGCUCAGAUUAGUGAGCUGUCGGGGGCUACCGUCAAAUUGAUUGAAGAUAGACCGGAAGAAACAGAGAAGAUUAUCCAAAUAUCGGGCACUCCUGAUCAAGCUGAAAGAGCUCAGAGCUUGCUUCAAGGAUUUAUUUUAAGCACUCAAGAAGAUGGUCCUUGAAAAGACGUGGACGGCAGAUUUGGAACUGCUGACCGGCAACGUGCCAAGUUAGCGUGGCGUUUUCAUUGGUGAGGUGGAGUUCCUGAGAUAGACACACUAGAGUCAUAGAGUGAGUGUCUUAGAUAGACCAUAAAAAAGGCAUUAUUGGUAAAAAGGCGUAAUGCGUGUUCAAGUUUGUCUUCUUUUCAAAAUGUGGUAAUGUCAUAUGUAAUGUUUUUGAUCUCCAAUAUUGCCUGCUUGUAAUAUUCUAAAUGAUACCAAGGUCCAGUGGAGUCCAAAAUUGGAGUUAAGUUAGAGCUAUUAUCAGAGGCCUUGCUUUGCAGAUUUCAAAAUGAUUAAGAAGUGGUAGUCAUUGGAGUCUUGGAAAUUUCAAAUAUUAACAUUUCUUUUUAUAAAGUGACAUUCGCGCAAGGGAUUCUAAUACGGAGUACUUGGGAACUCCGAAGUAGCCGCGGACCAUUUAUGAGGAAAAAUACAAAGGAGAAUUUCCCUUUUUUUAAAUAUAGUAUAGGUUUCUAAAGUGCUCGUAAUUUCAAAAUAUUGCAACCUGUUGGGAAAAUCACCUCAAUUUUCUAGCGGAAGCAAUUAAUAAUUUUCCCGUCUUUGUGUUGUCAAAAUGGGCAAAAUCAUAUGACCGAUCAAGAAUAGCAAACACAACAACAACCAAUCAAUCAAGCGAUAAACGAACGCCAAGAUUUAACGUGGAAACCCCAAAUUGGGGAAAAAACCACUAAGCCUUCCACUAAUCACCAAGAAAAAUCAGUGGGUACACCAAGAAUCCUCUCUAAAUCAAUUAGAGGUACACACAAUCAUCAAGUAAUAACUUGGAUCACCAAACAACAAUAAUCUUCACUCAAAAGUGAGAAAUCCCCAAAUAAACGCAGCAAUAAACGCAGCAGUAAACAGAGGCAGUUUUACCCACAUCGAGAGGUCAAAACAACAAUCCCACCGUUGGAUAUGAAGAAGGGGAUGUGAGGAACAACAUACUAAAAUUUCAUCCCGAUCGGAGCUCGUUUGGUCGUCGAUCGGAGCACAAAACCAGGCUGCACCUCUCUUUUUCUCUCUUCUUCCUUCUCUCGGCUCUCACCCCAUUUCUUCUCUGUUUUGCUGCUGCUGUGCAGCUUCCUUUCUGCCCGUGACCAGCGAAAACAUAGAAAGGCAAUUUCAUUUCAAAAAAGUGGUAGCCCAAUAAUAGGUAAGUGUAGCC